UCGGUACUACAAUCGGCGCGUAUUGUCGGUAGAACUGGGCUUUUCCUUAUAAUAUUCAAAUUCAAAACCUCGUUUUACUCUUGUAAACUUGAGCCAUUCAUUUGCUACUUGGAGGUUCAGAGGACCAGAUAGCUACGUUGCAAUUCCUAAUAACCACCGGUUUUUACUUGCUAUAAUAAUUGCGCAUUUUGCAGAUUAUUUGUAUUUCUGGAUACCUGCGACUCAAUAAUCUGUUGGUUUUUUCUGGGUCUAAGCCGUUGGUAAGGUUAUUUGAUCGGAGAAGAUGGGUACGGCGGAGCCCAAAAUGGAAGGACUUUUCGAGGAGAAGAAGCGCGUCAGGAACCCUCUUGUCCCUAUUGUACGUCUGUUUUCAUUGAUGGAUGUAAAUACUGCGGGUGCACUGAUGACUGCUGGGGUGCUAACGGCUGGCUUAAUAAGUUUCAGGCAAGGCAAUUCUCAAUUGGGUCAGCUACUAAUGAGAGCUCGUGUGGUUGCACAAGGUGCCACAGUAGCACUGAUGCUUGGUACUGCUUACUACUAUGGAGAUAAUCCCUGGCAAUCAAGAUAAAUUCUGUAAACUGCUCUUGCCUUUUCAACUUUCAGCAGCAAUCUAUGUUAUUGUGCGCCUUUGCAAUUUUGCUUAUACAAACUAUGUGCCGAUAUUAUGGCUAUGCUGAAUAAAAUAACCUUUUACCGAGACCAA